AUGGCUUAUCACGGACAUCGACUACUUCCAAGUUUCAUCGACCAAAUUGCAUUGGAAACCCCAAAAUUGAGUUUUGUCGAAGUGCCCAAGUCUGCCAACAUCAGCGAAGGGAGCCGCAAAAUCACAUAUGAUGUUCUUGCGAGGGCUGUCGACAAAUGCGCUUGGUGGAUACAGCAGGAGCUAGGACAAGGCCAUGGAUUUCCGGCAUUGGCUUAUGUUGGUCCUCAUGACCUCAGGUAUCUCUUUCUAGUCUUCGGAGCUUGUAAAGCUGGGUACAAGAUGUUCUUUGCUUCCCCGCGAAACAGUACGGCUGCCUUGCUCGACUUACUUGCUCAAGUUGGAUGCGAGAUAUUCCUAACGCCUGUUGACGCUCCUGUGUAUUCAAACCUGUUGAUAAGUGUGCUUGCGGAAAGACCAAUGACGACUCUCAGCUUUCCGGAUCUUGAGCACUUCUUGGACGUUGGUGACGGUUUGAAGCCGUAUCCUUGGAACAGAACCUUUGAGGAAGUCAAACACGAUCCGCUAGCCGUCUUCCACACAUCCGGAAGCACCGGAGUGCCCAAACUGGUAACCAUGAACCACGGCGCAGUAGCUGCUCUGGAUGCCUUUAGGAACAUUGAGACUCUGACUGGUGAACAAAUCCAGACCAACUCUUAUCUCGGCAAAAGGACGCUUCUGUUGUUCCCCAUGUUUCACGCCUCGGCUCUCAGCACUCUAUUCUUGUCCAUCUGGAACACCAUUCCAACAAUCUUACCACCUCCAGUGCCUCUCACUGCGGACCUUGCAAACGACAUGCUCGUCAACUGUAGUGUUGAAGUCAGCAUCAUGCCGCCGUCGAUUCUGGCAGACAUGGCAGCCAACCAGGAGUAUCUCGAAAACCUGUGCAAAUGCAGCAGCGUUAUGUACGGAGGAGGACCACUGCCCACCGAGGCUGGUCAUCGCAUCGCUUCAAAGACGUCUCUCAUCACUGUCUUCGGGGCUUCUGAGACCGGCUUCUUCCCCGUUGAAGUCAUGGAAGGUAUGGACUGGCCAUAUGUCAAGCUUAGUCCUUGUUCUGGCGGCGUUCAUCGUCUCUAUGCGGAUGGUUUGUACGAGUUGGUCGUUGAACGAAAUUCUGAACUGGAAGAGUAUCAACCUGUCUUCUGGAUGUACCCAGACUUGCAGGAAUAUCAUACCAAGGACCUCUUCUCAAAACAUCCGACUAAGCCAGGUCUAUGGUUAUGGCAAGGUCGCAUAGACGACAUCAUUGUUCUUAGCAACGGCGAGAAGUUCAAUCCAAUCUCGAUGGAGGACAUGAUCAUCAACAGUCAUCCGGCAGUCGAGUCAGCGAUUGUCGCUGGCCAAGGUCGCAUGCAAUGUGCUCUACUCGUUGAGCUGUCGUCCACCGAUUCGAGUGAAGAGGAUAGAUCCGACAAAGAAGUUGUUGAAGAGCUAUGGCCUGCCGUUCAGAAAGCGAACGAGAGUUGUCCCGAGUAUGGGCGCUUGAUGAAGGACAUGGUGAUUGUUGCCAAGCAAGGCAAAAGAAUGGUUCGAGCCGACAAGGGCACUGUCCAGCGGAAGAGGACACUUGAACGCUUUGCUGCCGAGCUUGAUCAGCUUUAUCACCUACGUGAUGGCCCUGAUGCUGCUUACGCCAAUUUCUACCGUCCGAUGGAUCUCAACAGUGUCAAGGAGUCUAUCGCACGAAUUGUUCGAGGCAUUCACAGGUACGAGACAAUUCAAACCAACACAAAUUUCUUCGAGAUUGGACUGGAUUCGCUACAUGCCAUAACGAUGGCUCGACACAUCAGGACUGCUUUUCUCAACUCAUCACCGCCAGUCACAACCAAAGUCGUCUACGAUCAUCCAAGUAUCGACCUCCUUGCGUCUUUUGUUUGCGGGACAGUCAAUGGACAAGAAGAAUCUAUAAAGACCAUGCAGAGAUUGUACGAACGUUACCUUCCAGCACACGAAGAGACUACGCCUUUCGACAAACCUAAACUAGCCACUGUCCUCCUCGUUGGCUCAACCGGCCAUUUUGGCACUCAACUCAUGGCUCAGCUCUUACGCAGCAAAGAAGUCGGAACCAUCUACUGCUUGAACCGCGAUCCGGAUGCUAGAUCGACGCAGUCUGGUCUCACUCUGCAUGGAGACGUCAUUUAUCCGAAAAACGUCAAGUAUCUCUAUGCAGAUCGCUCGCAGCCACGCUUUGGGUUACCCGAGAAACACUGGUUUCGUUUGCUGAAUAAUGUCACACAUGUCAUACACAAUGCAUGGCCCGUUGACUUUUGCAUGCCAUUGUCUCACUUCGAGCCUAGCAUUCGCAUGACUGCAGAGCUGAUGCAGCUAUGCAAGUCUGGAAAUUUUGCGCCAACUUUUGUGUUCAUCUCGAGCAUCGGCUCUGUCAUCGGAAAUGACACGCCUCUUGUCACUGAGGAGGUCGUUCAUGACUGGCUGGCGGCGGAAAAUAUGGGCUACACGCAGUCGAAACUUGUGGCGGAGCGUCUCAUUGCUACUGCUGCUACAAAGACGGGCGUGAAGAGUGCAAUAUGUCGCGUUGGUCAGCUCGGCGGCGUCUUAAACCAUGAGGUGUGGGGUGAUGAGGUACCGCAUUGGCCGGAGAAACAAUGGCUGCCUGCUAUGCUGGCUUCCUCCAUUCGACUGGGCGCUGUCCCAUCGUCGCUGGCCUCUCUCAACAGAGUUGAUUGGCUUCCUGUUGAUGUUGCAGCGGCUACUGUCUGCGAAUUGAUGUUGGCUAUCCCUACUACAGCCGAUAUAUGCAAUGUGUACAACAUUGUCAAUCCACAACUGACAACUUGGGAUCAUCUGUUGUCAGAGUUGAAAGCCUACAAAGAUCUGGAGCGAGUCACUCUGGCCGACUGGGUCGUGCUGCUGAAGAAGAACAUUGAUGGUGGACAAGUUGAUGUUCCAGCUGCAAGCUUGGUCGAAUUCUUCGAGGGCGCUUGUGAGUCCGAAACUCAGAAGCCUUUGGUUGAUUGCUCGAAGAGUAUGGCUCUAAGUCCUACUCUGAGAGGUACACAGGCUAUCAGUGUUGAGCUCAUGGAGUGUUGGAUAAGUCAAUGGAGUUUCAGUGGUUGA